CGUAUACCUCAAAAUUUCUUUUUUUUUAUCAGUUAUCCCAAUCACUCCCAACAUUUCAAUUUCGAAAAUAAGUUUUUGUAUAGACUUGACAGCUCUGUUGAUAUUUAUUAAAUAUUUAAAUAUUCAUUUAAAUAAAUUUAAAUAUUAAAAAAAAAUAUUUUGUAGAAAAAAAAUUUAUUUUUUUAAUGGAAACUGAGACAACAGAGACAACGGAGACAAUUUCUUCUUCUCCACUUCCUUUACAAUUAAAUAAUAAUUAUUGUUGUGCCUAUUUAUGUAAUUUAUGUCCACGUACAUCUUUUCAUUCUAUGGAAUUAUUAGAUCAACAUAUGCGUGAUGAACAUCAGGGGAAUGAAAAUAAGUUGAAAAUGAAGGAAAAUGUGAAGAUUGAAGAAAAUAAUGAAAAGGAGCAACAGAUCAUUCAACAACCAGAAACAGUCUUUGACCAAUCCGAAAUCGAACAACAACAACACCUUUUAAAUUCUUCCAAUUUAUCAACUUUUCCCUCUAGCGCCUUCUCUAUUCCUCCCCCAAAUUUAACAAUAAUAAAUAAAUUGGCCGAUUUAACCUGCAAAAAAUGCCCUGGGGGCAAAACCUUUACAAGCCGCGAACAUUUAGAAUUGCACAAUACAAACACCCAUAGAGAUAGACCUCAAUAUUGUUGUAAUCAGUGUGGGGCUUUGUUUAGUGUUAAAAGGGAAUUGGCAACACAUUUACGUGUUCAUUCGGGAGAACAACCCCAUCAAUGUGAAAAAUGUGGCAAAGAAUUUGGCACAAGACAAUUAUUAAAAAAACAUACAAUGUGGCAUACUGGAGAACGUUCGCAUGUUUGCCCCAGUUGUGGAAAGGCAUUUUUCCAAAAAGGUCAUUUAACACAACAUUUAAUGAUACACAAAGGUGGAAGGCCACAUAAAUGUUCUUUAUGUUCAAAAACUUUUAUUUUUAAAUUUGAUUUAAAUCGCCACUUAAAAAUUCAUACUGACCGAAGUUUUGUCUGUGGGAGGUGCUCAAGGUGUUUUCAACAAGAAAUUGAGUUAGAGGGGCAUGUUUUAAAUUGUAAAAGAUCGUCAGCAAGUAUUAUUAGAAGGAAUAAAAGGUGUGGGAAAUUUAAAAAUUAA